CACAGCCGCCCUCGUUACCAGCUGAGGACAGUCUUGUCGUAACUUUCAACCCGAGUGCGGUGUUACGUAUUCCGGUGCUGCCAGUCAGUCUGUCUGUCUGUGGUCGGGCGAUUCCCGGCGUACCGUUUUUUUUGUGUGUGAGGUGAUCGGAAAAAGGCACCUUUCUGCGGCACCUUGAUUACGGCAAUUCAUGCUAGGUUAGGUUUGGUUGCGGAAAGUUCGAAGGAAAUGUCACCUAAUGGGAUGCUGAGUAAAUUACGUUUGAGAAAUAAGCCGUUGUUCGAAUAGUGUUCGUAUGCUAGUUUUCAGUUGGUGACGACCUCCUAACAAGGAACGGUCCUGCUGGCGCGAAACAUCUCCAACGUCCAAGUACCAAUUUAAUUAAAACUACAUCCCGGGGAAAGUUUUGUAUUCGCAGUGGGAGUCAACCGGAAUACGCUGUGUAAGUUUUACGUGUUUGCACUGGGUGAGAAAUCGAAGGGACGCGAGUUUUCAAUUGUGAAGUAAAAGUUUCCACAAUAGUGAACCACCCCGCCCAUCCGCUCUAACGGAGGGGAUUCGUCAGUUCCUUCCGUCUUCCGAGGAAUACGACGAUGGUGUGAAGAUAACCUCCAAUACCGUCGUUGAACAGGUGUAACCACAUGGAAGGGAAAACCGAUUUCCCGGACAAUGAGUGCUAGUGGUUCGUGAAGACACAGUGCCAUGAAACCGUCCUGCAGUGCAGUUCAGUGGUCUAACGAGACUAAGUGGUAUUAGUCUGACAAAAAGAUGUAACAUACAAUUGUGAUGAUAAGACCUAUUUCAAACCGGAUUAAAAGCUACACUCGAAGUGGGUCGACAGACAUCGGAUUCCGGGGACGGCGCUUCGAAUUCAUUCGACAAACUUUCCCUGCAAUAGGAUCGGUAUCCCCCUGAGGAGUGAGAUGAAGUAAAAGGUUCUUCCAGUCACCAACAACCAGUCACCAACAAGCUUGCUAGUAUUCCUGGCAGAACCCCGGAGCUACGGGAGCAGCCCACAUCCACGGUUGAACGGAAAUACUAGAAGCUGCUUGUUUUUUUAUUCCUACUUCUUCACCCUUGCUAUAACCAUAGGAACGCCCAGGACCGAAGGGUUCACGAGCAAACCGAGAGUUUUGCCACACGCAAACAUUACGGAAUUCCGCACGUUCUUCUUGGUGCAACCGGUCUUGCCCGGUGCGCUUUUUUCCCAUACUCACAACCAUAAAACCCAUUACCAUCUAAGAUCGAGAAACCGAACCCGGUACCCCGGAAACUAAGAAAAACAGUUCACUGUCAUCUCGAACGUGAAGCUCUCGCCAAGCACACAGCCAACAAAAAGCGAAUCGCCACCGCCAGGAAGAUGAAUGACAUGCAGAAAAUAAGCGUCUGAUAAAAACCCGUCGAACGAUGACAGGAUCAGUGGGGAGAAUUCUUGCGUAGCUUCACUUCCACUUGGUCAAACUGAGGUCGGUGGGGUGACGCUGUAGAUGACGUGUUACCAUCCUUGAUGGAAGUUACCUACGUGCUUUGCUGCAUUCGCUAGAAUUUUCCUACCUUCUUCGGCGCAUUGACCUACCUGGCCCCGGCGUGCGACUUGAAGCCAAAGUUGGCGUGAAAUCGUUCCGUCAUAAACAUAUUCGACGAAAACGUGACCGACGUUCGUCGAUGCUUCACAGUCUGGGCAAUCCGGGCUUCGCAAAGCUGAGCCUACCGCGAAGCCGUCUUCUUCUAGGUAACGAAAUGUCGAAGUAUUCCUUGGCAGGCAGUUCCGCCACAACGACGAGCACGGGCUCACUUCAUUUUCAUCACCCGGGGAGGCGACACCGUUGAUGGGAAAAACACCGGAACGUACGAAUAAAGUGCAAAAACAAAGUUUUCCGUUUCACUUUGACUCGCAUGCUGAUAAACUGCGGUGCGUAUUUUUCCACUUCAAACUUGUCGGUUCCUUGCCGCGCAGCCUGUGCCAACAACGCUUUUUCCGACGGUGUUCUGUGUGUUCGAUACGGGACCGAUGUUAAGUUUGCAGAUCACAUGGGAAAGUGACAAAAAGUGAGCCUGUUAACAACGUUGUCAGUGCUUUCCGUAGAGGCAAGGCAGGGAGGCUGCGGUUCAGCGUUGAAAGCUGCCUGAAAGAUAAAUAUCAAUUGCAACAACAAAAAAAAGAACGUUGAAACAACCGAGAGGGAAAUACGCUGAAUCUGUGGGGGAGGGAAAAACAAGGGGUGCCAGCUAGCUAGGUAGUGAAGUGAACGGAAGAGAGGUAGAAGCCAGCGAAAGAAGAAAGAAGAAAAAAACAACUGCUUGAUACAGGAAGGGAAAAAGUUGCUGGAAAAAGUGUGCCACAAAGUGAGUGCCGGUGCGCGUGUGGGGGCACAUGUGAAAAGUUGCCGAUUGCCGGAGAACAGGAUGACGCUACGCAAUAUGCGGCACCGUUGCAGCAGCUGCAGUUGGAUUCGCUUGGGGCUGCUGGUGCUGUUGAGUGCAGAGCUUGCGCGCGGCAGCAAUAGGGUUGAAGAUUAUCAGAUUCAGAAAGGUAACCUGGGCGGAAUGACGAAUGCUACGGCAGGAAGUAGUGUUGCAGGCGAACUGGUGGGAUCCUCGCGCAAAUUUCGCACCGACUUCCUGCAGGAGUGGCCAACGCCGGGAACUGGGCCAUAUUUCGAUACGGCAUCGAUUCCAUCCAACAUCACCGGGCUGGUGGGCAAAACCGUACUGCUGAUCUGCAAAGUGAAAAAUCUGGGAAAUCGAACGGUUUCCUGGGUACGCCACAGGGACAUCCACCUGUUAACGGUGGGCCGCUACACCUACACUUCGGAUCAACGCUUCGAAGCAAUGCAUUCGCCGCACACCGAGGAAUGGACCCUGCGGAUACGAUACGCCCAGCGGAAGGACUCCGGUAUCUACGAGUGUCAGAUAUCCACGACACCGCCGAUCGGCCAUUCCGUCUAUCUGACGGUAGUAGAACCAGUGACAGAGAUUAACGGUGGACCUGAUUUAUUUAUUAAUCGAGGCUCGACAAUAAAUCUCACCUGUAUCGUCAAGUAUGCCCCGGAGCCCCCGCCAGCCGUCAUCUGGAAGCACAAUCGAGAUGACAUUAACUUCGACUCACCCCGAGGCGGAAUCUCGCUGGUAACGGAAAAGGGUGUCCUGACCUCUAGCCGUCUGCUGGUGCAAAAAGCGAUAGCCAGCGAUUCCGGACUGUACACAUGCGAACCCUCCAACGCCAAUCCGGCCUCGGUCCGGGUGCACAUAUUGAAUGGAGAACACCCAGCGGCAAUGCAUCAUGGCAUGUCGACCAUCCUGGCCGGUCCCAGCUUAGUGGUGUUUGUGCUGUCCUGCAUACUGCUCUACUACCAUCACAGCAUCCGGUGGAAGCAUCCGUUGACGUAGUAACUUCUAGCUGCCACCAUCUAAUCUCCUACUAUACUUUCACCGUCACACUUUUGUAUAGUCGUCGUCACCGAUGGAAACUGAAAAAGCAGUCGAAACCAAAAACAAAUACUAAAUUUCACCACGAACAAAAAAAAACAAACAA